CCCGAGCUCUUCCCGGCCCUCAUCUACAAAAUGCGUGAACCGAAAGUCACUUUUCUGGUGUUCCUAUCGGGCAAAGUGGUGGUCACCGGCGCUAAACAUCGGUCGCAACUCAUCCAGGCUUUCAAGAGGAUUCUGCCCAUUCUGAACAGCGCCCACCGCCGCGUCCAACACUAA